GCGGGGCAGGAGGAGUACCUCGGCCGAGAAAAUUAUGCAUGCGUUAGGGAAGCUCUGAGAGAAUGGCUGUGGAAGCUCUCCAUUGCGGCUUGAAUCCACGGGGUAUUGAUCACCCUGCCCGUGCUGAAGGCAUUAAACUGCAAAUUGAAGGUGAAGGUGUUGAGUCUCAAUCCAUUAAAAACAAACAUUUCCAGAAGGUGCUUGACCAGAAAGGAACCCCCAAGCGACUGCAGGCAGAAGCUGAGACGGCCAAGUCGGCUACAGUGAAGCUGUCAAAACCAGUGGCUCUGUGGACUCAGCAGGAUGUCUGCAAAUGGUUGAAGAAACAUUGUCCUCAUCAGUAUCAGAUCUACAGCGAGUCAUUCAGACAGCAUGACAUAACUGGGCGAGCCUUGCUGAGACUUACUGACAAAAAGCUUGAGCGAAUGGGGAUUGCCCAGGAAAACCUCCGGCAGCACAUCUUGCAACAGGUGCUCCAGCUGAAGGUGCGAGAAGAAGUCAGAAACCUACAGUUACUCACACAAGCCUCAACCGAGGGUUCUCCAUAAAGGGGGUGAGCCUUCCAAGCUGCUGUCCUGCCAGUUGAUAUGAACAUGACCUGCUCCGCCCAGAAAGACUAACUCAUGGCCCUGACCGAAGAUAUCCUUGGAGCAUUGACAGAUUAACCAGAUUAACUAGGGGGAAAGAACCCCAAUUCAGUCAAGAUUAUGGGCUUUGGAAGCUCUUAGCUUGCUGUGGAUUUGGAAAUGAGAUGGUAGCGUGCAGUGCCGGCUCGUUGCAAGCAGUCACGGGCAGACCAUUAGCUGGAAAAUUGCUUCCAGUUCUCAUCACUGUGCAUAACCCAGCGCCCUUUGGGGAGCCGUCUGUGCCCUUCACUAGAAGUCCUGUUUUCGCAUGGCAACUACUGGAUUCUUUUACUGUGUGUGCAGAUGGCAUGAUGUGUUAGAAAAAAAUUACAGCAGCUCUGCAAUCUCGGUGGAAGUGUUUACCAUAUUAUGCCCUGGUAGGAAUGUCCACAUGUCUCAAUUAUGUUAGUUAUGACAUCUAAAGGUAUUCUGUCCAACUCUUAAGCAUCUUAUAGGAGAACAUGACACUGAAACGAAUCAGCACGUUCAGUAUCUGUGAGAAAACAAGUCUUUUCUUUUUUCUGUAUAAAUCUUGUCCUAUUUCUGGCUCAGGCUGUCCAAGACAAGCUCCACUCCUAGCAUAUCCCCAGUUGUUUUUGGUAGAUUGGUGUAAAUAUGGCCACGAUACUGUUAGACUUAACCUCUUGACACUUUCCUGAACAACUGGAUCCCAAAGGGAAGUAGAAGUGGGCUGAUUGUAAUAUCUUAGCUCCUGGUUCCUUGCACCUAGGCACAACUUAACCUCUUGCACAUACAACCACACUAACACAGGAGGCUCCUUCCUGGCCAGUGUACACUCUCUCAGUCUAUAGAAGAGUCCUUUCAAAGAAAAAAAAAAGGGAAAUGGCCCUCUUUUAAUCAAAGACCAUGGUGGGUUGUGUUUAAGGGCAACAGAAUGCAGUUUUCCUGUGUGGUCUGACUUUAAAACUAUGGAAGACUUUCUAGGUCAAGUUAAAAUCAUAGCUCUCUGGUGAGAAAAAAACAGCAAGUGACUCCCGUGUGCCUACAGAAGGCAAAGGGUCCAUUCUCACAUGAGAGUUCCUCCUCUACAGAGAACCUGCUAGUCCCUGUUAAUCCUUUCUGGGAUUAUACCCACAACUAAUUUUUUUUUUUUUUUUUUUCUAUGUCUUACAACAAAGCACAGUCCUAGGGAAAAGGUUGAUUCAGUUAUUGCUUAUCUUUAAGCAUUAGAAAAAUGUCCAAUUGACCCUACAUAAUGCUUUAGCAGUUUUUUCCCCUGAAAAUAUAAAUUUGGCUGGAUCAAAAACUCAGCAAAGUAUGUUCUGUGUGCCCAUGGUCAGCCUGGGAAUGACAGGCAUCCAAGACUUUUCUAUAAAUAUAUGUAACAACUCUGGGACCUGCCAGCACAAGCAAGCUUUGCAUUUUAGGGGGUCUCCAGACACAUUCCCACAACUUGCCUCACCUGGGAGGUUCUCAGGAAAUCAUGGCCCACUGAAAAAAAGGGCUGACACUGAGAUCUGGAGGCUUGACAGGGAAGGGCAGAGAGACCCAAACGCGAUUGGGGUGAAUCACCCAGUAGGAUGACUCACACAGCCUGUUAGGCUGUCAUGCCAAAGGAGGGGACAUCCAAGGGGGAACUCAGAGGAGUUUUAGAUACCCCCAAGAUCUUGCCCUUCAACAGGUUAGCAACAGGAUCAUCAGGCCCUCAGCAGACCACAGUUUUUACAAAUUCAGAAUUAGAAGGCCAAACCCUGGCUGCCAACACCCCCGGACAUAGCGUGCCAAUCUCCACUUCCCACCUCCUCAGUUUCAAUUCCAAGAGCAGGGGUUCCUCCUUCUUUCAUUCCUCCCUUUAUUCAGCAAGCACUUGCUGAGCACCUACUGUGUGCCAAACAUUGUGCUGAGGCAGCAGCAGCGUACUAGGCCGGCUCUCCCUGCCCCUAUGAAGUGUCUCCUCCUCCCAAACACCACCCCGCCCCAGCUUUUCCAUGAUGAAAACAGCGGUCACCCCCUGUGAAAAUGCUCAUGGUAGCAGGCAGCUUCCUUGCCUGGAAAAGCGGACAGAGGUCAAAGAGGUGACGGACAGCAUCUGGCCACCUAUUUCACCCUUCACGCCCAGCCAACCCCCCCGGGGCCCAGACACAGCUGGCCGAAGCUUCCCGAAGCAGCUUUCAGUUGCUGUCCUUGAUGUCUACCCUGGUCACCUAUAUUCCCAUCCUUCAUAGGGGCACAACUGUUCAUCACUAUGCUGGAUUCUCUGAAACCCAAUUCCAUAGCGAGCCCCGGGGAAACAGAACUGGGCCUGAUGCGUCCGAAAGAACUACUGCGAGGCGCUGAGAGAGCGUAGCUGGGAAUUCGUGGCUUUAGCCAGGGACACUCUGAGGCCACCACUAACACCCUGGGGAGCUGGACAUGCUCGAUGGUGCAGGUGUUCGUUAAAUGAUGGCGGUUCAUCUUCUCCCUUACUUUGGCUUUUGCACAAUAUGUCCUGAACCAUUAAAUAAGCUGAGUUUCCUAGCUUU